GUGGGUGGACAAGGGUGGGGAACAGAGAUACAGUGAGGAGAAGAGGGAGGAGUUGGUGAGGAGGAAGAGUGAAAGAGAAAGAACAGGAAGGAGGGAAAGGGAGGGGCAGAAAUAGGCUCAGAAGAACUUCCGUGUGUUUUGUCUUCGGCUCAAACAGCACAGGGAGUGGAGUGAGUGUUGGGAGACGCAACCGUUUGCGUCUAAACUAUUUCACCGCGGUAUUUUUCCUCUUCUAAUUCUCCAUUCUCUUUGCAUUAUUUUGUUUUUUGCGGAGCGUGCGUGACAAACCCCUUGUCGACACCAUGGAUAACUUCCAGACCGUCCUGCGCUUUUUCAUGAACCAGAAGGCCACCAUUGGCUACAGCUUCAUGGCCAUCCUGACCAUCGGGGGAGAGCGAAUCUUCUCCAUGGUCUCAUUCCAGUGCCCCUGCAACCACGACCAGAACUUUGCAUACGGCCUGACCUUCCUGUUGGGCCCAGGCCUGGUGCUUCUGGUGCUGGGUCUUUUCUUCAGCAGCAGGCUGUGGCGCCUCUAUACUGGCUGUUGCCUAAACCCCAUUAAGCUAUGCCCCAGGGGCAACUGUUUCGGCUGCCUCAAAGUGUUUGUCAAAAUCUUCUCCGGUGCCUGUGUGGCCCCUAUCAUGUGGCUGUGUGUGGCACUGUUGAACGGGACCUUCUACGAGUGUGCCGUCAGCGGGCUGGAUGAUAACCUGGUAGUGGAUCUGUUCUGUAAAAACAAGACCUUGAUGUGCCGGGAGGAGUUGGCCCGCGUGCCCUGCAGCAAGUCCAAGUUGCCCAGCGACGAGAACAUGGAACUGUUGCUCAUGUUCCGCGCUCAGUCACAGAUACUGGGCUGGUGUAUUAUCAUCAUUUCAGCCGUUCUAGGGCUCCUUGGGACCUGCUACACAAACUGCCGCUCAAAGGUCAGCUACCUGCAGCUCACCUUCUGGAAGCGCUACGUAGAAAAGGAGAAGGAGCAGUUUGACACAUUCGCUAUGGAGUAUGCAUCCAAGCUGGCCGAGAGGAACCUAAAGAGCUUCUUUGAGAACCGUGACCCGGAAAUAUUCCCAUUCCCCAACCACAAGGCCUGGGAGGAGAUCUCAGCCCUCUACACCUUCUCCAAGAGUGAGCAGUGCUACAGCACCCUGCAGAGGUAUGUGGAGCGUGACGACCGAGACUACAGCCCUGAGAAAAGACCAGUCAUGGAGCUGGAGCACGGCAUAGAGAUGGGCUGAGCGAGGGGCGGACAAUGGCAGAGUAUGAAUUAUAGUAUAUCCUAUUUGUUUUACCUUUAUAAAUGACAUGCAGUAAAUACAGUAGAUGUAACUCACAGACUGAGAAGAAGCGUUGUUGCCUGCAUUUCCCCCCAAAGCACUGACAUAUACACAGAGCACCAUUCAGAAAGUUAUUACCAGUGACACAGCAGUGAUUUACCAAAGAAUGCAGCAAUUGCAGAAGUGGUGAAACAGUAGGGCUUCUUGUCUGCUGGAACCCACAGUUCGUGAAUGGUCAUGAACACUAGCUGACGCAAUGUCCCUGUCAUAACAAACACUUUGAUUUGACAAAGUCUCCUCUACCUCUCAUUGACAUGCCUUUGAAGCAUUUCAUUCACUUUACUGGUACAUAAUGGUAGGAGAGCUAUUGUAAUUGUAUAGUUUUAAAUUGGGUAUUUUGUGUUACAUUGCACCACAAUAUGAAUGCUACAUGAAUGACAGAGUUGUACCAUGCAAUUUGCUUGAAAUGUUUACCCAACUCAAUGUUUACAUUAUUAUGACAACCUGAGCACCAUAAAGUGUCUUUCUAUGGCAGUACAAGCGAAGCAGCUCACUUUAUAUUUUAUGUUAAUUUGGGACUAACUCUGCCAUUACUACCGUCCUGUUCAAUUAUUGACGUCAAUAGUAGUCAAUAACUCACACAUUAAGAGGUAAUAAAUCAUGUAUGACAUAAGGGAUAUUCUCACUGGAUUCUACAAAAACAUAGAAUUUUUUUUCGUUCUCCUUUCUAACAUCUGUAAAAUCCCUACCAUGUAAUGUGUAAGCACUAAAUUAACAUGUACAUAGAACAUUAUUAGGACAUGUUGCAUCAUGCCUGAUAAAAAAACAAACAUUUUAGGGUGGUGAGUUUGUGUGUAAAAACGGUCCAUAUUCCACCAUGUUUGACUAAGAGGGGGAGAAUGCAGCCAUAUCAGUGUGGUUAUAGUACCUUCAGAAAGUAUUCAUACACCAUUACUUGUUCCACAUUUUGUUGUGUUGCAGUCUGAAUUACAAAUGGAUUAAAUUGAUUUUGUUUCUCACCCGUCUACACACAAUACCCCGUAAUGACAACAUGUUUUUAGAAAUGUUUGCAAAUGUACUGAAAAUGUCAUACAGAAAUAUCUCAUUUGCAUACAGUACCAGUCUCAAGUUUGGACACCUACUCAUUCAAGGGUUUUUCUUUAUUUUUACUAUUUUCUACAUUGUAAAAUAAUAGUGAAGGCAUCAAAACUAUGAAAUAACACAUAUGGAAUCAUGUAGUAACCAAAAAAGUGUUAAACAUAUCAACAUCUAUUUUAGAUUUGAGAUUCUUCAAAGUAGCCACCCUUUGCCUUGAUGACAGCUUUGCACACUCUUGGCAUUCUCUCAACCAGCUUCAUGAGGUAAAUUCAAUAACUUUGAAAGUUUCAUCAAGCGCAGUCGCAAAAACCAUCAAGCGCUAUGAUGAAACUGGCUCUCCGGAGGACCGCCGCAGGAACAGAAGUCCCAGAGUGUGUAAUAAAAACAAGGGCUUCGGGGGAACACAUAGUCCAGGUAGCCAUUUUGAUUACCUCUUCAGGAGUCUUAUGGCUUGGGGGUAAAAACGGUUGAGAAGCCCUUUUGUCCUAGACUUGGCACUCCGGUACCGCUUGCCAUGCGGUAGUAGAGAGAACAGUCUAUGACUGGGGUGGCUGGGGUCCUUGACCAUUUUUAGGGCCUUCCUCUGACACUGCCUCGUGUAGAGGUCCUGGAUGACAGGCAGCUUAGCCGCAGAUGUACUGGGCCAUACGCACUACCCUAUGUCGUACCUUGUGGUCAGAGGCCAAGCUAUUGCCGUAACAGGCAGUGAUGCAACCAGGAUGCUCUCGAUGUUGCAGCUGUAGAACCUUUUGAGGAUCUCAGACCCCAUGCCAAAUAUUUUUAGUUUCCUGAGAAGGAAUAGGCUUUGUCGUGCCCUCUUCACGACUGUCUUGGUGUGUUUGGACCAUUCUAGUUUGUUGUUGAUGUGGACACCAAGGACCUUGAAGUUCUCAUUGGGCGCACAUAAAACUGCUGCCAUUUCUUCCGGCGCCAUUUUAAAUUCAGUUUGUAACCCAACAAAAUGUGGAAAAAGCAAAGGUGUGACUACUUUCUGAGACACUGUAGGUGUUUAGACCUGCCUUCUCAGACAACCGAGGGCCUCGGGCACCAAGUGCCUCUCAUCUCAGCUCUCUAUUACGUCAUGUAUAACUUCCAUAACCUUUGACUGCUUUGUUUCCUCAGUCUUGGAAGGUCAGAAAGCUCAUUUAUUUUGACAAAAAUCUGAAAAGUAGCUAUAUACUGAGUGUACAAAACUUUAAGGACACCUUCCUAAUAUUGAGUUGUACCUGUCCCUUUUGCCCUCAGAACAGCCUCAAUUCAUUGGGGCAUGGACUCUACAAGGUGUCGCAAGCGUUCCACAAGGAUAACGGCCCGUGUUGACUCUAAUGCUUUCCCACUGUUGUAUCAAGUUGGCUGGAUGUCCUUUGGGUGGUGGACCAUUCUUGAUAUACACAGGAAACUGUUGAGCAUGAAAAUCCCAGCAGCAUUGCAUUUCUUGACACAAACCGGUGUGCCUGGCACCUAAUACCAUACCCCGCUCAAAGGCACUUAAAUCUUGUGACUUGCCCAUUAACCCUCUGAAUGACACACUUACACAAUCCACGUCUCAAUUGUCUCAAUGCUUAAAAAUCAUUCUUUAACCUGUCUCCUCCCCUUCAUCUACACUGAUUGAAGUGGUUUUAACAAGUGACAUCAAUAAGAGAUCAUAGCUUUCAGCUGGAUUCACCUGGUCGUUCUAGGUCAUGGAAAGAGCAGGUGUCCUUAAUGUUUUGUACACUCAGUGUAGCUCUGGUUCGGUUUUCUUUAAUUAAACAGCCACUACAAACUUCGGAUAACUUUAGCCACCACAAGCUAGCAGUCAAUGGAAGUGAUGGGAUGGGAUCAUGUAUGUCUUUAAUGGCCAAAUUAUCUCCAUAUUUGGUUUUCAUAUCUAUUUAUAGGCAGGGCUCCAAAUAAAAAUUAAUCCUUGAGUACUAAUGCUUCCAACUUAAAAAGCAUAAUAUAAUAUUCAGGAGAAAAAUCGAUUGAGAUACUUUAUAGCCUAUAUGAAUUCCAGCUACUUCUGAAGCAUGUGGCCUAGAUAUGAAUAUGUAACCCUGUUAAGACAUUUGGUUAUUACAAAAACCUCAUGUUGAUACAAAUACCUGUCAUUGAAAUUUACAAAGGCAUUUGUGGAAAAUUAGGUUUGUAUGUUGUGUAAAAGCACAAUUUUUCUAUUUAGUGUAAGUUACCAGGUUGUUAGCUAGAACACUGAACAAGGUGUAGGCCUAAAAGGUUGUUAGCGGCCCGCGAGUCAUACUCACUGGGUGAAAAGAGUCAAUAUCAAGGGAUAUCUUUAUCUAUAUAUUUACGGAUAUCUAACCUUUUAUUCAAUGCCUUAUAUGGAAUAGACAUGCUCCAGAUACACAGAUUCUCCAGAUUCUCCGUAAUGGGACAGUUUCUACAUGCAUCCAAUCCGGGCCUACAAAAUCUUCCUGCUACCAGGGAGAUAUUUGGGGUGAGAUACAUUCAAGACACGCACCUGAUACCCGCUUAGGUGCAAAGCUGUCAUCAAGGCAAAGAGUGGCUACUUUGAAGAACCUCAGAUAUAAAAUAUAUUAUUAUUUUAUAACACUUUUUUGGUUACUACAUGACUCCAUGUGUGUUAUUUCAUAGUUUGAUGACUUCACUAUUAUUCUACAAUGUAGAAAAUAGUAAAAAAUAAAGAAAAACCCUUGAAUGAGUAGAUGUAUCCAAACUUUGGACUGGUACUGUAUAUUUUAAAGUUCAAUCUUGUAGGUCUGUGUCAUGACUUCCGCCGAAGUCGGCUCCUCUCCUUGUUUGGGCGGCGUUCGGCGAUCCACAUCACCAGCUUUCUAGCCAUCACCGCUCCAUUUUUCAUAUGUCCAUUUGUUUUGUCUUGUUCCAUACACACCUGGUUUUCAUUCCCCAAUCAAUCUACAUGUAUUUAGUCCUCUGUUCCCCAUCAUGUCUUUGUGUGUAAUUGUUCAUUGUUAACGGUGUAUGUUUACGCGCGAUACUUUUAUAGUUUAUGUUCCGUGUUUUUGGGCACUUAUGUCAUUUUCUUGUGCCUAUUGUUGAACAGAAUAAAAGUUGUGCCUGUUUACUCUA